AUGACAGAGAAGGAAGAUAUUCAGAAUGACUUGCCUAACGGGGGCCAGGAAUUUGUAGAUUAUACGCCAAGGAGUGAGGAACCAACUGCUGCUCCAGUAGCACCUGUAAUUACUGCUACUGCUACCUCGACUUCCUUAACAACUACAACGGACACUGCUGCCAACAGACAGAGAUAUUUUGUAGACAGUAUUUCAGGUUCGAAAAAGGCAGAAGAGACCGUCAAGAGAUUCAAAUAUUUAAUUGGACUUACAGAUUUGUUUAAACAUUUCAUCGAUUCUAAGGGCGAUUUCCAACAGCAGCAUAACCUGCAACCACAAAUACAGCCAGGGUCAGCAAGUCACCGUGGACGUAAGACUGAAAAGGAGGAAGAUGAAGAAUUAUUGAAUGAAGAAGUCGACGAAUCUUCUGACUCCGUUUUUGAAUUUACUACUUCGCCUGGGUAUGUCCAGAAUGGAGAAUUACGUCCGUACCAGAUUCAAGGUUUAAAUUGGUUAAUCUCAUUGUAUGAAAACAACUUGAGUGGGAUCUUGGCUGAUGAAAUGGGUCUUGGUAAAACAUUACAGACUAUUUCAUUUUUAGGAUAUUUGAGAUAUUUCAAAGGGAUAAACGGUCCACAUAUUGUGGUUGUUCCCAAGAGUACAUUAGACAAUUGGGCAAGAGAAUUUGCCAAAUGGACCCCAGACGUGAGAGUCUUGGUAUUACAAGGUGAUAAAGACGAAAGAAAUAAGCUCAUCAACGAGCGAUUACUUACUUGUGAUUUCGACGUUGUCAUUUCCACCUAUGAAAUUGUUAUUAGGGAAAAAUCCUCCUUCAAGAAAUUUGCAUGGGAAUACAUUGUCAUUGAUGAAGCACAUAGAAUUAAAAACGAAGAAAGUUUAUUAUCACAAAUUAUUAGGAUGUUCCAUUCAAGGAGCAGACUUUUAAUUACUGGUACACCGUUGCAAAAUAAUCUUCAUGAAUUAUGGGCAUUGUUGAAUUUUAUAUUACCAGAUAUUUUCAGCCAAUCUGAACUGUUUGACGAAUGGUUCAAAGGUGGUGAAGGUGAAGAUGGAAAGGAAGGUGAUGUGGUGGGACAACUUCAUAAGGUUCUUAAACCAUUCUUACUUCGUAGAAUUAAGGCGGACGUCGAAAAAUCACUUUUACCCAAACAGGAGUUGAACGUUUACGUUAAAAUGUCAGAAAUGCAAAAGAAGUGGUAUCAAAAGAUUCUUGAGAAGGAUAUCGACGCAGUAAAUGGAGCAAACGGAAAAAAGGAGAGUAAAACUCGUUUGUUAAAUAUAGUAAUGCAGUUGAGGAAAUGCUGCAAUCACCCUUACUUAUUUGAAGGUGCUGAACCUGGCCCUCCUUACACCACUGAUGAGCAUUUAGUCUACAACAGUCAAAAAAUGAUCAUUUUAGACCAGUUGCUUAAAAAAUUUAAAAGUGAAGGAUCAAGAGUCUUAAUCUUUUCUCAAAUGAGUAGAAUGUUGGACAUCAUGGAAGAUUAUUGUAUGUUCAGAGAGUAUCAAUAUUGUAGAAUUGAUGGACAGACUGAUCACUCAGAUAGAGUUAAUUCUAUCGAUGAGUAUAAUAAACCUGGAAGUGAGAAAUUCGUAUUUCUUUUAACUACCAGAGCUGGUGGAUUGGGUAUUAAUUUGACCAGUGCUGACAUUGUAAUCUUAUUCGAUAGUGAUUGGAACCCUCAAGCAGAUUUACAAGCCAUGGACAGAGCCCAUAGAAUCGGACAAACGAAGCAAGUUAAGGUUUUUAGAUUUAUAACCGAGAAUGCAAUUGAAGAAAAGGUUUUAGAGAGGGCCACCCAGAAAUUAAGACUUGACCAGUUGGUUAUUCAACAAGGAAGAAAUACGGCUGGUUUGGGAUUGGAGCAGAAAGUGGGUCUGAAUAAAAAUGAAUUAUUAAAUAUGAUUCAAUAUGGUGCACAAGAUAUUCUCAGCAAUGGUAGUGGAAAAGAAGAUGGUACAGACGAAGUAGACUUGGCUGCUAUAUUGGAAGCUUCUCAAAGUAAGACCAAAGAAUUGAACCAAAAGUAUUCCAAACUUGAUCUUUCGGCUUUGCAAAAUUUUUCAAAUGAUGAAUCUGUUUAUGAAUGGAACGGAGAAAAUUUCAAGAAAAAAGAAACGACUUCCAUUACAAACAUUGGCCAUGGAUGGAUCAAUCCUGGUAAAAGAGAAAGAAAGGAAAACUAUUCCAUUGACAUGUAUUAUAAAGAUGUUUUGAAUACCGGAGGAAGACCAGCAAAUGGAGGGGCUGAUACACCUAAAAAUGGACCCAAACCCCCCAAGAUUCUCAAUCUUUUCGAUCAUCAAUUUUAUCCACCUAUUCUAUUUGAAUUGUAUGAGUUAGAGAAGAACUAUUAUAAAAAAUUAAUCCACUACAAAGUUCCAUUAAAAUCAGGAACUCCUGCUACUCUUAAUGAACGUACAAUCCAGCAAAAACUUGAGCAGGAAGAAAUUGAUCAAUCGAGGCCAUUGACAGAAGAAGAACGUGGCAAGAAGGAAGAUGCCCUUCUGCAAGGGUUUUCCAAUUGGAAUAGAAGAGAUUUCCAACAUUUCAUUCUGGUUUGUAUUAAAUACGGUAGAAAUGCAAUUAGAGCAAUCGCUUCCGAAUUUGAACCAGAUAAAAGCUUGGAAGAUGUGAGGGAAUAUGCUGAGGCUUUUUGGUCGAAUUACGAACAAAUUGAAGGUUUUGAAAGAUACAUAUCACAAAUUGAACAAGGGGAAGAUAAAAUACGGAAAAUCAAGAUCCAGAAAGAAUCCUUGCGUAGGAAAUUAGCUCAAUACAGAUAUCCAUUACAAGAAUUGACGUUGAAAUAUCCACCUACAACUACACUGAAAAGAGUCUUCAGUGAAGACGAAGAUAGAUUUUUGUUAGUUCAGUUGUACAGAUUUGGAUUGGAUAGACCGGAUGUUUAUGAAAGAAUCAGAGAUUGCAUAAGGGAUUCCCAAAUGUUUAAAUUCGACUUCUUCUUCCAAUCUAGAAAUGGAGGUGAGCUAAGCAGAAGAUGUCAAACACUCUUGACAUGUAUAAUGAAAGAGUUUCAUCCUGAUAUUCCAAGCAAAAAGAGAAAAGAUGAUGGAGAAGUAUCUGGAAGUGGUAAGAAGGCCAAGCGAGGAUAG